AUGGAGGCGCCCGCCAGCGCGCAGACCCCGCACCCGCACGAGCCCAUCAGCUUCGGCAUCGACCAGAUCCUCAACAGCCCGGACCAGGACAGCGCACCAGCCCCGCGGGGCCCCGAUGGCGCCAGCUACCUGGGAGGGCCCCCCGGGGGCCGUCCGGGCGCCACGUACCCAUCUCUGCCCGCCUCCUUUGCCGGCCUCGGAGCGCCCUUCGAGGAUGCAGGAUCUUAUAGUGUCAACCUAAGCCUGGCGCCCGCCGGCGUGAUCCGGGUGCCAGCUCACAGGCCGCUGCCCGGGGCCGUGCCGCCGCCUCUGCCUAGCGCGCUGCCCGCCAUGCCCUCCGUGCCCACGGUCUCCAGCCUGGGCGGCCUCAAUUUCCCCUGGAUGGAGAGCAGCCGCCGCUUCGUGAAAGACCGUUUCACAGCGGCCGCAGCGCUCACGCCCUUCACCGUGACCCGGCGCAUCGGCCACCCUUACCAGAACAGGACGCCGCCCAAGCGUAAGAAGCCGCGCACAUCCUUUUCUCGGGUGCAGAUCUGCGAGCUAGAAAAGCGCUUCCACCGCCAGAAGUACCUGGCCUCCGCCGAGAGGGCGGCGCUCGCCAAGUCCCUCAAAAUGACGGAUGCGCAGGUCAAGACCUGGUUCCAAAACAGGAGGACCAAGUGGCGGCGGCAGACGGCGGAGGAGCGGGAGGCGGAGCGGCAGCAGGCGAGCCGGCUCAUGCUGCAGCUGCAACACGACGCCUUCCAAAAGAGCCUCAACGACUCCAUCCAGCCCGAUCCGCUCUGUCUGCACAACUCGUCGCUCUUUGCUCUGCAGAAUCUGCAGCCCUGGGAGGAGGAUAGCUCCAAGGUCCCCGCCGUCACCUCUCUGGUGUGA